AUGACGCUUUUUCCUGGCGUAGCCCUAAUUACAGGUGCCGCAUCUGGAAUCGGCCGUGCAACCGCAGUGGCCUUCGCAACGGAGGGAUGCACCAGAAUCGCAAUUUGUGACCGGGCCACCGCCGGGCUUGCCCAGACGCGAGCCCUUAUCACGGAGAAACAAAGGGAGGCAAGUAAAGAUAAAGUAGAGGUAGAAGUCAUCACGGGCAACGUGGCCAGUGAAGAGUCAGUCGCUAAGAUGGUCCAAACUGUCGUGCAACGCUGGGGGCGAAUCGACUACGCUGUUAAUUCUGCUGGAAUCCAAGGACCUCCAAAACGCUCGACCGAGUUUGAAGUAGCGGAGUUUGACUCCAUCAACAGCGUCAACUACCGUGGGCUCUGGCUGUGCAGCAGGGCGCAACUGACCCAGAUGCUGACCCAGGAGCCUCUCCAUACCCACGAUGGACGACCAGGAAAUAGAGGAGCCAUUGUCCACGUUGCCAGCCAGCUCGGCAUAGUAUCGAGGUCCCACGCCGCGGCCUAUUGUGCCAGCAAAGCGGCGGUCAUUUCGCUCACCCGGAGCGAUGCUAUUGACUACUCGAAAGAUAACAUUCGGAUAAAUUGUGUUUGCCCAGGGCUCGUGCAGACACCAAUGGUUCAGGGGCCUGACCAGCAGAAGCUCUUCACGCCUGCAGUUGCGAUCGCGCCGAUGAAUAGGAUGGGGAAGCCUGAAGAAAUCGCCGACGCCUGCCUUUUCUUAUGCGGUAGCAAGGCAACAUUUGUGCAAGGUGCUUCCUUGGUGGUGGAUGGUGGUUAUACAAUCAAUUGA